UUACUACUAAAAACAUUGAUUUUUCUUUGCCAUUCUGCAGUACCUUCUCCAGGCAAAUUCCGCUCCCCUGCAGCACCAUCUCCUUUGGCUCUCCGGCAACCAGUAAAAGCAUUUAGUAACCAUGGCUCUGGUUCUCCUGGUAGCCAAGAAACAACACAGCUCACACAGACCACCUCCUCACCUGGGCCUCCCAUGGUUCAGAACACAGUCCCAGCAAAUCCUCCCAACAAUAUCAACAGCACUACUCUAACCAGACCUGCAGGGACAACCGCAAUGAGAAGUGGCUUGCCCAGACCCAGUGCCCCUUCUGCUGGGGGUAUACCAGUGCCUCGCAGCAAACUUGCACAGCCUGUUCGCAGAUCCUUGCCAGCUCCUAAAACCUAUGGUAGCAUGAAAGAUGACAGUUGGAAAGAUGGCUGUUAUUGACCAGCAAAGAUGAGAAUGCAGAGUUCCACAGCUUCAUGGAUACCCCUUCACCAGGCUAAAAGACAACUUUUAUAUGCAGACUGUUCAGAUAAGACUCUCGGGAUUUAUAGAUCCCAGCCCUCUCUGUCUUAAUUAGCACAAACUGACAGAGAUGAUCAAGCAGCACUUUAAUGACAUUUAACAUCAGAUGUGUUUGGUAAUCAUACAAUCACUCUCCAUGGAAUCACAUUUAGUUUUGUUUAAUAGAAACUAAGUUGAUUUUUUAAUAUUUGACAGAGGCCAAUAUCUGGGCAAAAAACUAACAGAUGCCAAAGAGAAAUGCCCAUUUGUAAAUGAGAGAAUACCUUUGUGCACAAGAAAAUGGUGAAUUCAAGCUAUCCAAAACUUUACAUUCAACCUAAUUUACUGUAUAAAUAGCAUCAAUAAAUAUUUGUGUUAAUGAGAACUAAUAUUCUGACUAAUUAUCUAAAAUGUUUCACUAGUGUUUCACAAGUACUCCAAGAAACUAAAUUGAGAUGGAAGGGAAGAUGGGGAUGGAAAGAAAUCUAGCCUAGAGAUUUCAAACAUGAUACCUAAAUUCGUGAGAAUUCUGUAAAUUAUUUUUUGCAGAUUCAUCAGAAAAAUUGUCAUUUUGUUUAGUCUUAAGUUUUGGAUGUAGCUCACCUGUUACCACCACCAGAUAACGUUACACCGUGCGUCCACCGUGUUGCGUUGACACAUCGGACUUCUGCGUGUUUGUUUUGAUUGCCAAAAGGGCUUAAUAUCAGUUGUACAAUCUUUCUAAACUUUAUAGCUCCUGGCUCAGGAAAGAUAGCCUUUGCUAUUGAAGCCAACUUCUUCACAUGCUAUUAUAUCUGUUACAGAACUGAGAGAUCGUGUUUUUAUUAGCAGGUUUCCAUGAUCGGAAAGAGCAAGUAGUAUGUGUCUUUAUUCUUGGUAUAACUAACACCGCCUCAGUGCUUACAACCUGGAACAAAACCAUGCCAUGAGAGAGAGGGGGAUAAAAAAAUCUAUGCACUUAACUUACAAAAUCUCUGGUAAUGACAGUUGUAUUGUUAUUAUUAAUUGACACAACAGUCUAUUAUGUGGUAGGAAGAUAUAGCCUGCUGAAUCCUACUUAAGUUGAUCCACUUUAAACUAGGUAACUGUGUAAAACCUCCUUUGAAAAUACUGUCCCUUUUGACUUGGAUUCUGCCUUACGUUAAUUUUUACAUUUUUGGUAAUAAAUGAAACCCACUACAUAUGACUCUAACCUGUUAAAUACUUGCUCUCUAGUGGCCCUUGUAUAUAUCCUGGAAAUCACUCUUUUCAGUUUUAUUAGACAAUUACCAGACUAAAACUUUCUUCAGUGGGCUUCUCAUUUUUCAUGGUGAGGUCUGUUUUAAAAUACUUAAUUUGAAUGGCUCUGAAAUAUUGGCAAUCAGGUUACCUAAUGGAUUUUAAGAGAUUUGAACGUAAGUUCAUUUCCUGUUAGUCAAAGACAUUCUGUAAGUUGGCAAAAGAAAUUGAGAGACAAAUGAAAGACUUUGAUAUUCAGGAUAGCAUCGAAGUUGAUAGGGUGAGAGAAUGAUAAAACCAAGACCCCCAUUCUAGCUUGACCACUAGGGAGUCAUUCAGUUAGCACAUCCAGCUGGAGAUUUAAACUGCCAGUGCUAAUGUAUUUUGGUGUAUAAUGCAAGGAAGAAAUUUCAUCCUUGAAUUUGAGGGUGAUGAGUGUGGGUCAGGGAAGGGUGGCGUCAGAAUUCGACAUGAUGAUAAACUAAAAAAAUGUUGCUUUUCAGAGGAAGAUAAAGAAAGCAUCUGCUUUGGUUGGGGGGUAUCUCAUGUAAAAAUCUAAAUAAAAGAACUAGCCACUGUCUCUUUUUAAAACCAUAUGUACACAAAACAAAAUAGGUCUCAGUUUCAGUGCAACGUUGCAAAAGAAAAAUAUGCUGCAAUCUAAUAAUUACAAGGAAUUUUAACUCUAUUUGAAACACCCAUUACAUUAAGUUAGAUUAUCUGUUUCAAAAGGAGUAUUCAGGUUAUUUAACUUUCUUUUUAAAUGGCUGCAUCAGAAAAAAAAUGUCUAUUUUUUUUUAAUUAAAAUACUUCAUCACUUGUUAAAAACGUAUUUGGAUCUGAGUUGGGUAAAGCAUUAUUUUACCUGCUGUUAUACUGCCACAGACUAUUGGUUUUUAGGUUCCUAAAGAGAAAAAUUGCCUUUUUACUAGAAGGCCUUUGUGUAUUGCCAAUUUUUCUGUUUGGGAAAAUCUAAGGAUUCACUGUGGUUAGUCUUACAGAAGAAAUGUGGAUUUGAUAAACUAGUGCCUAUGAUUUUAACUUAUGUUUGAUAUAUAGUAGUAAGGGUUUUAAUGAAUGUUGAUUGUUUUUCUGUGCCAACAGCCCAGAAUUGUCACUUAUAUGUAAGCAGAAAGCUAUGAGCUCUGCUUCCAAAGUUAUUUAAUUUUCUCAGUGUUUGAAUGUUAUUUUUUUGUAAGUGUGUUAAUAAAAGUGUAAAAAUUGGAAAAAAUAUAAAUAUUCUUAACUCAAGCAUUUGCUGGAUCAUUUUUCUACAGAACUUGUUUGUAUAAUAUAAAACACUCUGAAGAGUUGACUUUUUUCAGUUUUCAUGCCCUGGAAAUCACAUUUUGUACAACUGGGGACCAUUCAUAAUUGUCAGACUUUUUAAAAUUAUCUCAAUACAUCACUUUUAUAAAAGAGUUUUUUUGAAAGGAAAUUAGAUACAUGUGUCCCCAGACAUUUGUAUAACUCUAGUAUGAUCUAGACUAUGUAUGUUUGAAUUUUUAUUGAAUGUACAGACAUCCAUUUUUGACAUUACGCAUGGUCCUUUUAGAUCACAUGAAGUUUGAUUUGCAAACAUUUCUAUAGCUGAACUUGUAUGUGUGGUUGCCUCCUUAAUAAAACAGCCUGACCAUAAUGUUUAUUAUUAAA